AUGAAUAGCCUAAAAUUAUCGAGUUGUGGUCGAAAGGAUUUCAUUUCUGGUGAAAUAAUAAACCUGAUGUCUGUCGACAUUCAAAGAAUAAUAGACUUUAUAUUACUCGCAAACUACUUAUGGUCGACACCUUUUUACAUAUUAAUUGCUUCGGUAUUAUUGUGGCAACAAUUAGGUGUCGCAACUCUCGCCGGUCUCGCAUUUCUGGUCAUUUUAUUGCCAUUUAAUGCAUGUAUUGGUCAUAAAGUGAAGAAAUAUCAAACAAUUCAAAUGCGAGUUAAGGAUCAUAGGAUUAAAGUGUUGAAUGAAUUACUAAAUGGUAUUAAAGUAUUGAAAUUGUAUGCCUGGGAGAAGGCGUUCAAAGACCAGGUUUGUAGAGCUCGGGAUCAGGAGGUAAAGGCAUUGAAUACUAAGGCCAUUUAUCAGAGCGCAACUAUAUUCAUGUUUUAUUCAGCACAUUUCUUUAUUGGGUUAAUCAGUUUUAUUACAUUCAUCUUAAUUUCUCCGAAUAAUAAUCUGGACGCGAAUAAAGCGAAAUCCCAUUGGAUUUUGUCCUAUAUUACUAACCACGGGUGCAAUGGUAUUAAGGUGGAGAUUAAUCAACUCCGCAAAAGUAAACUCGAAUAUCUCGAAAUGGGGGUUAUCACGACCAAAUACGUUUUUGAGAUAUUUGAGUUUACUUUUGCGAAGUCGAUUAAUCUCCACCUUUUACUAUCCCUUAAUAGAAUCAAUAAAUUCAUUAAUGCCAACGAAGUUAAAGAAAACACAUUUUUUAACAAUAAACAUAAAACAAUUUCAAUAUCAAUAAUAAAUGCAACAUUUUCUUGGGAUAAACAUAUUCCUCCGGUUCUGAACAAUAUAUCAAUGGAAGUGUUUGAACCGAAAUUAGUGGCAGUCGUGGGUUUGGUGGGCGCCGGGAAGUCAUCACUUUUAUCGGCACUUUUGGGUGAAUUGGAAAUUCUUGAGGGAAGCGCUUGUGUUGAGGGAAGUGUCGCUUAUGUACCACAAGAGGCGUGGAUUCAGAAUAAGACACUCAAAGAGAAUAUUGUAUUCACUAAUGAAUUGAAUGAUGAAUACUAUGAACGAGUGCUCGAAUCGUGUGCUUUAGUGCCAGACUUGGCUCAACUUCCGGACAGAGAUCUGACAGAAAUCGGGGAAAAAGGUAUCAAUUUGUCCGGCGGUCAGAAACAGAGGGUUUCAAUGGCGAGGGCUGUCUAUGCAAACAGAGAUAUCUAUUUACUCGACGACCCGUUCAGCGCUGUGGACACACAUGUGGGCAAACAUUUGUUUGAGAAAACUAUUGGAAGAAACGGUUUAUUAAAAGACAAAAUAAGAAUUUUAGUUACAAAUAGUGUCUCUAUUUUGCCAAAUGUGGACCAAAUUGUGGUCAUAAAGAAUGGAUACGUCUUUGAAUCGGGAACAUUUGAAAAUCUCAUUUCAAAAAAUGGAUAUUUUUCCGAAUUUAUGACCGAAUAUCUGUCCCAACAGUCGGACAAUGAACUCAAAUAUGAAGACAAAAAAAUUGUUAACAAAUUAAGAGAUAGAAUGAAAUGUUUGGUUAAAAAAGUUAUUAAUCAAACAAAUGGCGGAUUCAAUGGGUCUGGCGAUGGAAAUGAAUGGAAAAAUCUAAUAAAACAAAUGUUAAAUAAUUUGAGAGAAAAACGAUUAAAAGAAGAAAAUAUGAUUAAAAACCAAUUAUUCGUUAAAACGAGUGGAAAGUUAACCGAAAUCGAAAGCUCAGAGACGAGUUGUGUUGGAUUCAAAAUAUACAAAAAAUAUAUUACUUUAAUUGGUUUGUGGUUUUGCGCCGUUAUUAUUGGCUCAUCACUCGCCUCAACAAUGGCUCAGAUAUUAUCGGGUCUUUGGCUGAGCGAGUGGUCCGACGACUCCCUUGACUCCAAUCACAUGAAUGACACAAAUGUUCGGUAUAUAAGACUCGGAGUUUACGCCGGAAUCGGUGUCUUUGACACUGUUUUCACUUUCAUUUCGCAAACAUUCAUCAGUUUUGGAUGUAUUGGAGCCGCGAAACACUUGCAUAACAUUGUGUUGGAUAGGAUUAUAAGGGCGCCAAUCAGUUUCUACGCAUUUCCAGACACGACACCAAUCGGACGAAUUCAAAAUCGGUUUAGUCGUGACAUGGAUUCAGUCGAUUAUGCUCUUAUAGACAGCCUUCGGAUGACAAUAACAAUCAUUAUGAGAGCAUUUGUCGCUAUUUUUCUCAUUACAUUUCAAACGCCAUUAGUAUUGACUGCAAUCCUUCCCCUCUUUUUUCUAUAUAUUCGCACUUCUCGUCAACUCAAACGCAUUGAAUCGACCACUCGUUCCCCUAUUUAUAGCCAUUUCAGUGAAACAGUUAGCGGUUACACAAGUAUUAGAGCGUAUGGAGUGUCCCAUCAGUUCAUACAGGAGUCCAAUAGACGUGUCGAUGAAAACCAUAUGUGUUAUUAUCCAAGCUUUACAGCUUCCCAAUGGCUCGCAAUCAGACUUGAAUUAUUAGGUCAUUGUAUUGUAUUUUUAACGGCAAUAUUUAUUGUGUAUUAUCGUUUCAAACUAAGUCCGGGUAUUGCGGGUCUGGCUAUUAGUUAUUCACUUGAUAUAACUCGAUGUUUAACAAAUUUAGUGCAUUACACUUCAAAUCUCGAAACUAAUAUCAUUUCGGUUGAGAGAUGUCUUGAAUACACGGAAACUCCGAUUGAAGCCGAAUGGUAUAAUGAAGUGACAAAACCAUUGCCCGAUUGGCCCGAAAAGGGAGAAAUAAAGUUCAGUGAAUACAGCACUAGAUAUAGAGAAGGAUUGGAUUUAGUGCUCAAAACGAUUACAUUAGAAGUGAAGCCCAAAGAGAAGGUGGGAAUAGUCGGCAGAACGGGUGCCGGAAAGUCAUCGCUAACUCUGGCGCUCUUCCGACUCAUAGAACCGGUCAAUGGAUCCAUACGUAUAGACUCAGUGGACAUUAAACAACUGGGUUUAUAUGACUUGAGGUCUCGCAUAACAAUUAUACCUCAAGACCCGGCGCUCUUCACCGGAACAUUACGUCUCAAUUUGGAUCCAUUCAACCGAUACUCAGACACUGAUAUCUGGAGAGCCUUAGAGUCGGCACAUCUCAAGCAAUUUGUGGACACUUUGAAAAAGGGAUUGAGUCAUGAGAUCUCUGAAGGCGGGGAAAAUCUAAGUGUUGGACAAAAACAGUUGAUUUGUUUGGCCAGAGCUCUGUUGAGGAAAACUAAGAUCUUGGUGUUGGACGAGGCGACCGCUGCGGUUGAUAUGGAAACGGAUGACUUAAUCCAACAGACGAUUAGAAAAGAGUUUUGUUUGUCAACUAUUGUUACGAUCGCUCAUCGAUUGAAUACAAUCAUAGAUUACGACAAAGUGUUGGUAAUGGAUAAGGGAAUGGUAGCCGAGUUUGAUUCACCCCAUCAUCUCUUGCAAAACACUAACUCUAUCUUCUAUUCAAUGGCUAAAGAAGCAAAUUUUAUAUAA